AUGAAGAAAGCACAGCUAGUUCUAGUCCCUUCUCCUGGAAUUGGUCACCUUGUAUCCACCAUCGAAUUUGCCAAACGCUUGCUUGAUCAAGAUGACAGUUUCUUAAUAACCGUUCUUGUCAUCAAAGCCCCAUAUGCUCUUGACAUAGAUACCUUCAAUCAAUCACUCACUGUCAUUGAUGCUCGAAUAAAAUACAUCACCCUUCCUCAAGUAACCCCACCUGAUUUAGACCCUUUCAGAUCCCCUGAAAAUUUUAUUUCUCUUUCCCUUGAAUUGCACAAACCUCAUGUAAAAGAGGCUAUUCUUAACCAUGUCAUGUCCAACAAGUCAGUCCCAAUUGUUGGUUUGGUUGUUGACGUGUUUUGUACUUCAAUGAUUGAUGUUGCUAAUGAACUCGGGAUUCCUUCUUAUGUUUACUUCACGUCUAGUGCUGGCUUUCUUGGUCUCAUGCUUUAUCUUCCAACUAGGCUAGAUCAGGUUGGGAUUGAGUUUAAAGAAACUGAUCCUGACUUGAUUGUUCCCAGUUUUGUCAACCCUGUGCCUGCUAGGGUUAUGCCAUCAGUAUUAUUUAACAAGGAUGGUGGAUACACCUGCUUUGAAAACCAUGGAAGAAGAUUCAGAGAGGCUAAGGGUAUUAUAGUCAAUACAUUCACUGAGCUUGAAUCCCAUGCAGUCAGCUCCCUUUUGGGUGGAGAUACACCCCCAGUUUACACAUUGGGGCCACUGCUUAAUGUCAAUGGUCAGAGUUUGAUGGGGUCAAAUUCAAAUCGACAUGUUAAGAUCAUGGAAUGGCUUGAUGAUCAACCUGAAAAAUCAGUUGUGUUCUUGUGUUUUGGAAGUGUAGGGCGUUUCAGUGAAGCUCAAGUGAAAGAAACUGCACUUGGUCUAGAACAAAGUGGACACAGAUUCUUAUGGUCUAUCCGUAAGCCUCCACCUGAAGGGCAAUUUGCACUGCCCGGUGAUUACACGAACUAUGAAGAAGUCUUGCCGAAUGGGUUCAUGGAAAGGACAAAAAAUAUCGGCAUGAUAUGUGGAUGGGCACCACAAAUACAAGUCCUGGCUCACAAAGCUAUAGGAGGAUUUGUGUCGCAUUGUGGAUGGAAUUCAAUUUUAGAGAGUUUAUGGUAUGGCGUACCUAUUAUUACAUGGCCGAUGUAUGCAGAGCAACAACUUAAUGCAUUUCAAAUGGUGAAUGAUUUGGGACUAGCUGUAGAGAUGACUUUAGAUUAUAGUUUGUUUUCUAAAGAACUUGUGUCUGCUGAUAAGAUAGCAAAAUCGGUGAAAUAUGUGAUGGAAGAAGAUGGUGAAGUGAGAAAUAAAGUCAUGGAAAUGAGUAAAACUUGCAAGAAAGUUGUAAUGGAGGGUGGAUCAUCAUAUGCUGCAUUUGGAAACUUGAUUAAGGUUAUGUUAUCUUAA